AUGAAAAUGACAUUAACCAAGAUGGCGCCCGGCGACAGAGAAAAGUGAUGAGAGAAUAGAACAACAAGAGACACAACUAAAUAACAGUGUGCAUGUAUCUACCCAGUGCGACUAUUUCAGACCAGACCUCUGUAUCAUCACCGGGAAACUGUUAAGCACGCGUUGAGAGACCACGUUGGUCUACAGAGAUAUAAUUAUUCAGCUAACUGUUUGCUAACUAGCUGCUAAAGUAGCUAGCGGAGCUAACGCUCGCUAACUGCGGAAGGCGAGUGAGGAGCAGGCAGCCCGAAGCCGACAAGUCAAACGGAUUCAUUGUUUUUUAAAUCAAGCGACCGUUUGAUACGCGAACUGCCCUCACAGAGUUUGCAGCACGGACGAGGGCAUCCAAACCAGGGGUCGGUCGGGGAAUAGUUACGGUACCCGUCUUGAUAAAGACAGCAGAAAGAAGACGAGGAAAGGCGUCAUCUUUGCCGAGCUGACGCCAUGGCUCACUCCCCGAUUCAGAGCGGACUGCCGGGGAUUCAGAAUUUCAGAGCGAAUCCAGAGGAGCUUUUUACCAAGCUGGACAGGAUAGGAAAAGGCUCUUUUGGUGAAGUUUUUAAAGGCAUCGACAUUCGGACUCAGAAAGUAGUGGCCAUUAAAAUUAUUGAUCUGGAAGAAGCGGAAGAUGACAUAGAAGACAUUCAACAGGAAAUCACAGUUCUCAGCCAGUGUGACAGUCCCUUUAUCACCAAGUAUUAUGGAUCCUAUCUGAAGGGUACAAAAUUAUGGAUUAUUAUGGAAUAUUUGGGUGGAGGAUCAGCCUUGGAUUUGUUGGAGCCAGGUGCCCUGGAUGAAACACAGAUUGCCACAAUUCUGAGAGAGAUCCUGAAAGGGCUCGAGUAUCUGCACUCUGAAAAGAAAAUCCACAGAGAUAUCAAAGCUGCCAACGUGUUGCUGUCCGAACAAGGCGAUGUAAAGCUGGCAGACUUCGGAGUUGCGGGCCAGCUGACAGAUACCCAGAUAAAAAGGAACACAUUUGUUGGUACUCCUUUCUGGAUGGCACCUGAAGUCAUAAAGCAAUCUGCUUAUGAUUCAAAGGCAGACAUCUGGUCAUUAGGAAUAACUGCAAUAGAACUGGCUAAAGGAGAGCCUCCCCACUCUGAGCUUCAUCCGAUGAAGGUCUUAUUCCUCAUCCCAAAGAACAAUCCACCAACACUGGAAGGAAACUACAGUAAACCACUUAAAGAAUUUGUUGAAGCCUGUUUAAAUAAGGAGCCUAGCUUUAGGCCAACUGCCAAAGAGCUGUUAAAACAUAAGUAUAUUGUAAGGCAUGCCAAAAAGACAUCCUAUCUGACAGAGCUGAUUGACAGAUACAAGAGGUGGAAAUCAGAGCAGUCUCGGGAUGAAUCCAGCUCUGAUGAAUCUGAUGAGGAGCCAGAUGGCCAGGCAUCUGGAGGAAAUGAUGCCAGCAAUGAUGACUGGAUCUUCAACACCAUCAGGGAGAAGGACCUAAAAAAGUUUCAGAAUGGGGCAGCACAGCCCGCUGAGCUUGAAAGGAAACAGGUGCAGGAGAGUCCAAAGAGGCCUUUGUCACAAAGCUUAUCAACAAUCUUUUCUCCAUUGUUUACUGAGUUGAAAGAAAAGGGUGAGACAAGUAAUGGCAAGCCAGAGGCUGCAGAGGAGCUGCGGGAGGCCAUUUUCCUGGCAGAAGAAACGCACCCAGGGAUCUGUGACUCCUUGGUAGCUGAACUAGUGCAGAGACUUCAGAGGUUUUCUGUGCCACAUGCAGCUGCCACUCAGUGAGAGGAGCCACAUCCAGCUCCGCUCUAAUUUUCCACCCUGGUGGCAGCAGUCAGACCUUUACUCUGACCUCCACAGCCGGGAUGAAGUCUCCCAGGAAGGUCUCCAUCACUCAUUUGCCUGAAGCAAAUCCUGGCCUACUUUUAAUGUUUAUAUGCUAGCACACCACCAGUGGGCCCUAUUCAGGACAGUCAGUGGCCAGCCACUUAACUGCCACCAUGACUGCCACCUGCUGUAAGAUGUCCCUUCUCAAUACCUCCUUCACAACUGUUUUUGUUUUAAGGGUGGAGUUAGCUAUCUUUCUGCAAGGACUCUUGAGUUUCUGGUUUUGGUGAGUUUGUGGCUUUUUCACAAAGGUCUACACUCAGCAUCCUUUUCGGAACAAAAAACCUUGCCUAAUUAAUUGUGUGCAUGUGUGUGUGGCUGUGCGAGAUACCCUGUGAAAUGUGCGGUGAAGAGUGACGAGUGGGUUGAAAGCGUUAUAUUGAAAACUCAGGUAUCCUGCUUUAAGUGGAUUGGGUCCUCUGGGAGAUGGAAAGAGCUCUAUAGGGUGGUUGUACAGACUUGUAAAUAAGCUCAUUUCUACAGAUUCAUGAAAAAAUAAUGGAGCGUUUGUAAUGGAACCACUGUGUACAAAUGGCCAAAUGCAAACUGUAGAUAAUGGUUGUGAGGUAAAUAUUUUGAAAGACUAAAAUGGCCAUACAUGAGAUUGCCUUGCCUUUCUACUUGUUCUUUUGUAUAUCGGUCUUUGAUUUCUCCAGUUGUAAAACUUUUUGAGUACUCAUCCAGUGAAUGAAAAUGGCUGCCCUCUAUCAUGUUUUACUAUUGAUUUAUUAUACAGUUCUUAAUUCUCUUUAACUUUUUGGUUUCACACUCUAUGCUGUGGCUGUAACAAUGUUAGAGAAUGUAAAAAAAAAGAAAAAAGAAAAGGAAAAAAAAAAAAGGCUGGAUCACUGAAGCCCCAACCAGUUUUAAACACUGGAUGCUCUGUUGCCAGCCCAAAUUCCACAAGGCCUCGAGUCCUGUUGGUUUGUUGGACUUUGCCUCAUCCCUUUUUUUUCUCCCCGUGUGUUUUUGACUGGUUAGAUAAACUGAGGUUGCGUCCGUUCAUUCCAUUAACAGGGCAGUGCCAUCAUCUAGUUUCUAAAUCAGCAGACUCUGAUAGUCUUCCUAGGAGCUGCAGUGGUACUAUCUAUCUCCUCAGCGUACCGACAGCUUUAAUUGCACUUCAAGUAUUAAUGCCUUUGACUAUAAACAAAGUAGCCAUAAAACAGUAGCACGAGACUUACAGUAUUUUACAGGUAUGCUAUCUGGGACAAGAAAAAAAGUCCCCCUGAAGUCUCAGCUUGGACUCUUGAGUUGGUCAUGCAGUGUUAAUACUCGCCUGGCUGUAUAUCUCCAUUGGGACUUGUGAGAGGUUUUUCAGUUGUACAGUAAAUGCAUAGAGACGUAGACUUCUCACACAGUAGACGACACUGCUCUCAGAUGUACAUAUUAACGUAAAGCCAGGAGGUGUUCGGAGACCAGCGGCACUGCUACUACUUCCGACUGUAGUUUAAAAGGAAUGUGCAUGAUAGUAUAACAGUAUAACGCCUAUUGGUUGACCUGAGCGGUGUGUGUUGUAGCACACUGCUACAGGACUGGAGGAAUGUGGAGUCCUGAACAGAGUUGAAUCAGCCUUAGAGUAUUUGUGAUGAAUGGGAUGAAAUAGUAUCAGCUUUAAAAUGUUAGAUCAAAUGUUUUUGUUGUAAUCCCCCCCCCCCAUCAGCUCACCAAUUCACACGUUAUAUGUUUGUUUAAAGACACACAAAACCCGAAAUGUAAAACGGCAUUUUACAGCAAGUUUAUGUGCCAGAGUAUUUUUUUGGGGGGGGCUGGGACCAGUAAUUUCCUAGAGUCUCCGCUGGUUGCCUGGCAGCUGGUCCCCAUUUGUACAACGGCACUGAUCCUCUAACGCAGUGGUUCUCAACCUGGGGUCCUUGAGAGGGCUUUAGGGGGUCCCCAGAAAAAUGGGGAAGGUUUUAAUUUCACUAUUGUUUGAUUUACUAGAAGUCCGCCCAAUAAGAGGAUGUAUAAGAAGGAUUAUUCUGUUCACUGGUUUCACACUCUUACUGUUAUCUACCAAACUGCAGUAUUGGAUAGUAUUAUGGAGUCACUAAAUCUUGUCAGACAGGGAUCCCUAAAAUUGCAGAUUAUCAAAUACGGGACCAGUAACUUCCUAGCCUGAUUUCUAUCCAUUUAGGGGUCUCCGACAUCAAAAAGGAUGAGAACCACUGCUCUAAUGCAACAGCUAGCUAGUUGGUUAGGUUAACUCUCUGCCAGAAAGCAAAUACACAUGUUUCCAAAAAUGUGAAAACUAUUCUCUUAAUUUGCUCAUUUAUAAUUUAAAUGGAACAUUCCCUCCCCAAUUUCUCUCCAAAUACUUCCGAUGUUUUCUUUUCUACUUGGUAAUUGUGGUUUAAACAUUUAACAUGUUCAAAUGAAUAAGAAGAAACUGGUUGACCAAAUCAAGAAAAAGGUACCAGACUCAAUGAUUUCCAUUCUCACUGUUUUGCUUUGUGUUUUCUGCUCUUUUGUGAAACAUGACUCAGCUCACUAUUCAAAUUUAAACUUAUGUGAAAUGUGCCAUGUAAGCCCUCCAUCCAAAACGGAGACAAAUUCAUCACAAUUUGCACCUUUUACAUGGUCUACUGUGGCUCUUUCUCUUUUUAUGUAUUGCACUUUGCAUUUAUUUUGGUUUUUAAAAAAGUGGUACUUUAAAAAGACUACAAUAUUACAACCAGUUUUAUUUUAUUUUCCCCCCCUUUGUGUGUUGUAUGGCAAUAAAGCAGUGUGGUCACCAGGAGUCCUUUCUUAGCACAAGUAGGCAUAUAUAUUCUAUUAAACUAUUUUUAUAACCCAAAAGAGCAGUAUUAUGUAAUAGAGGGAGUAAAGGUUUGCUUCUGUGAUGUGUUAAAGUUUCAGUAAACACUGGAUAGCAAUCACUUCAAAUUUCAUUUUGUGUGACUUUGCUGACAGUAUAGUCCAGUAUACAUAUUUGCUAAUUCAGAGCAGUGCUGUUGGAUUUAUUGAAAGUUGUCAAAUGAUUAAGGAAAAAAUAAAAAUCCAGUACAAAUUUGA